UCCUUACUACUGUCGGGGUCGUGGUAGUUUCACACAUGGAGAUCCAUAAAAACGCUGUGAUUAUCUUAGGGCGUUUGGGACAUUGACUUUUCUGCUUUCAAACAACGAACGUUUUACGUUACAAAAAUCUGUGCAAACAGUGCGACGGUGAUCACGUUGAGCGAAGAGGAAAAAAAGACAGAAUCUGGGUUGUGUUGUGCAUAGCAGCUUUUCAUUCGGAACACAUCGAACAUCGUAUUUCUGAAAACUGUUCCCAAGGGGCCGGCUACUGGAAAGUCUGAAAAACAAGGCCCUCUGCGUUUUGACAGUAUUACUACAGGAUGACGUUUUGGACAAUCGCCUAAACAAUAUCAUAUCUUUAUCCACCUUCAAUGGACAUACUUAUCGUGUCGUUGUAAUUGUUUUGUCGUCGGAUAUCCUGGAAAGACCGAAUAAAUAAAACUAGACCCAAUAAAACAACAUGGCGGGAAGGCCUCAAGCAGACGAACUCUACUUGAAAGAAAGUCAGAAAAGCUACCAGAAAUGCCAAGUUGCCAAUUCGGCUAGGAGAAAUUCUCUUAUGAAAAAAACAAUCGGCAUUGAAGCUGAAAGAAAACUGGCAAAGAGUCAAAUGGGCAGAGAGGAGAAACAGCUACGGGAACAUCUCCGAGCUAUGAAAAUAGAACAGUCAAAGACAAGCCUGACCAACGGAAUCCGGGGUAAGAACGUACUGCUUUCUCUUACUUGUAUUCGUUUUUCUGAAACGACCUACUUACGUAUAAAUUCACAUAUUAAUAUGAUAUAUAAAUGCUCCAUAAACACAGACAAAACCAGCCGAGGAUCCGGCCAAGCGACCACUGCCCCGGGGGUGAGCUGUGACGUCAGACAAGAAGAGUGCAUAGAUCCGUACCCGGUGACCUUCUGUGGGAAGAGCUUAGUGCCAGGUCGACAGAGGUCGAUGACUGUGUCGGAAAAGGGCCGGUCCUUCGAGAAAGCCGGGGCGAGGUACGCCAUGAGACGAGACCGCAGGGUCUCCAAAGAGUUUGAGGAUCUGAACAUGAACACUAGCACAGGGAAGCUUGCCAUUCCCCCGCACCUCUUGUUGAGGCCGGGGUCAAGGUCGUCAAGAUCAUCGAAGUCGUCUAACUCGUCUGGCGCUCCGUCCCCAUCCACACCCCGGCGUGGGGCGGGGGGCGGGUCUCACCCAAGUCUGGACACCACGUCAUCAGAUCCUGCGCCCACCUGGCAAGGCAGCCCCGAGGCCAUCCGGUCAGUGAGGCGGCCCAGGAAGAGCGUGGAGCAGCAAGAGAGAGAGAAGGUGGUCAAGCUGAUACAUGAGCUGGACGGGUGAAGGAUACAAGGGUGAAGUCAGUAUGUGGACGGGUGAAGGAUACACACCUAAGACAUUGUAUAGGUGGGGGAAAGAAGAAGUCAAUAUAUUAUUAUGAACGUGUGAAGAAUACACACAUAUGACAAUGUAUGGACGGGUGAAGGGUAUAAACGUAUGCCAAUGUAUUGGCUGGACUUGUGAAGGACAGACAUAGGAGAUAAUAUACGGGCUGAACGGGUCAAUAGUACACAAUUACUUGAAUUGAUUGAGUGCAUUGUAUCGUUUUGUAACCUGUAACGCAGGUCAAAGGUUUUGACAGUUGGUAUUUUCCAACAGCUAACUCUCCGGGUACUGAAAUGGAAUGUCGUCUUGAGGAAGUGAUUAUUAGAACUGAUGAGAAUUUUAUUGGCCCUACCCGUUGCUCCUACAUAUUUUGUUUAUUUUUGGCCACAGAACUUCUUGCGAACACACCUCAUGGUUUUAAAAAAUUGUGGUGAUUGGAUGAUCUCGUUAACAGUUUUACUUUUAUGAAAUUAUGUCAGUUUUAUCCUAAUGAAGUUAUGAAAAUAUACGAUGAGUCGUAGUCUCUCUGUCUCUUCGUCGCUGGACGUAAAUAUAGUCAAGCACAAUAAAUCUAACACGCAUAUAGAGAAACACGUAACUAGCGAAACCUGCAAAUAGAGAAGUGCGUAAAUUCUAUUAUUAUUAUAAUUUUUUAAAUUAUUCUAUAGCGAAGAUUCGUACUUAACGAAAUUACUUUCACCUCCUCCCAAUGAUAGUAUUUGUGUCCUAGACUGUAUGUAUCUAUCAUAUAUUUGGCAACUUGGAAACACAUUAGUCACGUUUCCAAUAAAACUACGAUAGCCACAGAGUUGAAAGUUGGCAAGUACCUGCAAAAAGAUAGACAGGU